UCAAUAUAUUUCAUUAAGGGGCAACAAUAUAUAUUAACAUUUUCCCCAUCAAUGAAUACCCUUUCCUUCUCCCUCUCUCCACGCUCCCCUGUUAUGGCGGCGGUUACAUCGUCCGCUGCAGCCCUGCUCCAUUCCCAUCACGAUCCAAAUCCUCCCGCCCUCUCCAUUUCACGCUUGAAUUCCAUCAAUUUUAGAAGAACUCACUCGGCAAUUAUUCAAGGCAAAACCCUCGUGAAAGCCGCCGAAUUGGCGAGGAAUUUACCGGCGGGAAGAACAGAGACGAAACAGAGGAGAUGCGUUUCGGUGAGGUGCGCGGCGGAGCGGCGGAUGCUCGUGGGAGGGAGCGGAGCGGCCGUGCCGGAGAGGCUGAAGGUGGCGGCGCUGACGGCGUUCGUCAUGUGCUUGUGCAAUGCCGAUCGCGUGGUCAUGUCUGUGGCUGUUGUCCCCCUGGCUGCGCACCAUGGCUGGAGCAGCUCUUUCUUGGGCAUCGUCCAGUCAUCGUUUCUAUGGGGAUACAUAGUUUCAUCCAUGAUAGGAGGGGCGUUGGUAGACAGAUACGGAGGGAAACGAGUGAUGGCAUGGGGCGUGGGGUUGUGGUCCUUGGCCACUCUCCUCACCCCUUGGGCUGCCCACCACUCCACCACCGCCCUCUUGGCCGUCCGUGCCUUCUUCGGACUCGCCCAAGGUGUUGCUCUUCCUUCCAUGAGUACCCUUCUUUCAAGAUGGUUCCCAAGCCAUGAACGGGCAAGCGCUGUGGGAAUCUCCAUGGGCGGAUUUCAUCUGGGGAAUGUGGUGGGAUUUCUUCUCACUCCCAUUCUCAUGUCUUCAACUGGAAUUUCCGGCCCUUUUGCUCUCUUCUCCUCGCUUGGAUUUCUGUGGCUGACCACUUGGACGUAUGGGGUUACCAACGAUCCACGGGAGAGCCCUUUUGUGAGCAAAUCAGAGCUAAGGUUGAUCCAAACAGGGAAAACUAAUUCCCCGCCGGGAAAUAGCAGUGGCCAGCUUCCGCCUGUGCGCCUCUUGCUAUCAAAAUUGCCAACCUGGGCAAUUAUCUUUGCCAACAUGACUAACAACUGGGGUUACUUUGUUCUGCUUUCAUGGAUGCCUAUUUAUUUCAAAACUGUGUUUGAUGUGAACCUGAAACAAGCAGCUUGGUUUAGUGCGGUUCCAUGGGGAAUGAUGGCAAUAUCAGGGUGCAUUGCAGGUGCAGCUUCCGAUUCCUUGAUAAAGGCAGGCUACUCUUUAACAUUAGUCAGAAAGAUUAUGCAGUCUAUUGGGUUCAUUGGACCUGGUGUGUCGUUGCUGUGCUUGAAUUAUGUAAACACACCAAUGAUUGCAGCCAUAAUCAUCACUGCGGCCCUCAGCUUGAGCUCUUUCAGUCAGGCUGGUUUUCUCCUUAACAUUCAGGAUAUUGCUCCUCAGUAUGCUGGAUUGCUCCACGGAAUUGCAAAUUCGGCUGGGUCAUUCGGAGCAAUCAUGAGCACAAUUGGAACAGGUUACUUUGUACAGUGGUUGGGAUCUUUCCAAGCAUUCCUCACCGUCACGGCCAUGCUUUAUUUCAUUACAACCAUUUUUUGGAAUCUCUACGCCACGGGAGAUCGAGUCUUCUAAAGUGAAGUAUGAGGGAGGCUCCAGCUCUUCCUAAUUAACCACAAUUGCUACUAAAUGGGAAAGGCUAAGAGGGGAUAUAUAGACGGAUUUUCAUUCUUCAAUUGAGGAUCCAAGAUUUUUGACUCAUUGUUUAGGCAGGCAAUAACAGUUGUAUAUCAAUUAGUGAUUUGAUUAUGUAGAGUUUAUUCUUUUCUUUCGUUCAAACCAUCCAAAGAAAUGGCUUUUACCACUGUCAAAAGGCAUUGGAAAUAAUGUUGAAAUGGUGACAAAAAAAGUUAUUUCUCA